CAACCGCCUCGCCGCCUUAAAAACAAAAAACCCUAGCUUGUUCUUCCUAUUGCUCCUUUCUUCAGUCUCCCUCUACGCAGCAGCCAUUUUUGCUUUCAGCAGCAGCUUGUAUUUGGAAGGAUGGUGAGGGUCAGCGUGUUGAACGAUGCACUCAAGAGCAUGUACAAUGCAGAGAAGAGGGGCAAACGACAGGUCAUGAUCAGGCCUUCCUCAAAAGUUAUCAUCAAAUUCCUUUUGGUCAUGCAGAAGCAUGGUUACAUUGGAGAGUUUGAGUAUGUUGAUGAUCACAGAGCUGGUAAAAUUGUGGUUGAACUGAAUGGAAGGCUGAACAAGUGCGGCGUGAUCAGUCCUCGUUUUGAUGUUGGAGUCAAGGAAAUUGAGGGUUGGACUGCUAGGUUACUUCCUUCAAGACAGUUUGGUUAUAUUGUGCUCACAACAUCUGCUGGAAUCAUGGAUCAUGAAGAAGCCAGAAGAAAGAAUGUUGGUGGAAAAGUACUUGGCUUCUUCUAUUAACUCAAAUUUCUGAGAGUUUUCAUGUUUGAUUUCUCUUCUCUCUGAAUUGGGUAGUCAUCUAGAAUUAGUAUAUUGUAUUUUGGGAAUCACACUGUGUUUUGUUUAUGAUGUUUGAGAUUAUGAUUAUUUUGCUUAUGUUAUCAAACAGUUGAAAGAGUUUUUCUAUCUGGAAGUUUCAGCUAAUUAAUUUC